UGUAAGACAAUCAUGUUGCUUUAUCAUUUGUUAGUGCAGUUAAUGAUAAGUACUCAUUUGGUGUCGGUAUCUCAAAGAUCCUGCGUAGGCAGGACGCGAUUCUAUAAUGAAGUGAAGUCCUCCGGCGUAACUUGCUGCCUGUAUAGUUGUUACGCAGUAUUACCAAACCAUCUUAUUGUUUCGGCCGCGUCCCCAAAAUAGAAAAGUAGCCUAUGUGUUAUUCCAGACUAAAAUCUCCCCUUAUCCCUGUCCCAUAAAACCGACUCCUUCCACCGUUUUGACGUGGUUGAGUAACAAACGUACAAACUUUCACAUUUAUAAUAUUAGUAAAAUAGCGAAAUAAAGUUAGUAAGAUAUUAAUUUUUAUUGAUUUAUGUAUUGGACCGGCGGACUGCUCCAUGUUUGAACAUAUAGAAGUAGCAGUGAUGGAAGCUUGGACUUGUGAGCCGGAAGGGGUGCCGUCGACGGCGCUGCGGGAGAUCUCGGUGCUGCGCGAGCUGCGACACCCCGCCGUCGUGCGCCUGCUCGACGUACUACUGGCCGACAGCAAACUGUUUCUGGUCUUUGAAUUUCUGCACAUGGAUUUAAAGAGACUCAUGGAUAUCACUAAGGGACCACUCCGCCUAGAUCUCGUAAAGAGCUACCUGCGACAGCUGCUAGAGGGCGUGGCGUACUGUCACGCGGCGCGCGUGCUCCACCGCGACCUGAAGCCGCAGAACUUGCUGGUGGACGCCGACGGACACAUCAAGCUCGCCGACUUCGGCCUGGCGCGCGCCUUCGGCAUUCCCGUGCGCGCCUACACGCACGAAGUCGUCACGCUGUGGUACCGCGCGCCCGAGAUACUGCUCGGCGCAAAGUUCUACUCCACCGCCGUCGACGUCUGGAGCCUCGCCUGCAUCUUCGCUGAGAUGGCGAGCGGGCGCACGCUGUUCCCGGGCGACAGCGAAAUCGACCAGUUGUUCCGCGUGUUCCGCGCGCUGGGCACGCCGGGGCAGCGCGUGUGGGCGGGCGCGCGCCGCCUGCCCGAGUACCGCGCCGCCUUCCCGCGCUGGCCGGCGCGGCCCGCGCGCGCGCUGCUGCCCGAGCCGCUGCGGCGCGACGCGGCGGCGGCGGCGCUGUUCGAGGCCAUGCUGCGCUACGAGCCGGCCGAGCGCGUGCCGGCGCGCGCGGCACUGGCGCACGCGUACGUGGCGGACGCGCGCCUGACGCCGCCCGACCUGCCGCCGCCGACGCCGCCCGCGCGCCGCUGACGGACGCGUGCUCGGACCGAGCCUAAACGUGUCGAAGCUCGAGUACAAUUCUCCAUCUCCAUAUAUCGAGCUCCAUCUCCGUGAGAUGCUGCAUAGAGAUUAAGGAUUGCUGAUUAAUCAGUUGUAAAAAUGCGACUAACGGUCUAACCGAUCAUAGUCAUUUGUGGAUUUCUCUUGCAUUCUGUUUACCACCUGUCUGUUUUACAGUACGGAACGGAACACUACACAGUACGACAAUGCGGCUUUGUUUUUAAUUUAUCCAGAGCAUCGCUGCGAAUGAUGAAAAUACAGCAUAUGUGACAUGUAACUAUAUAUCGAGUAUUAGCUGUUUGGCAACUAAUAUUAAUUAUUUUAUAAAUUCUAAGAAAUACACUGAGUAAGAAACCGACUAGUCGGCUCUUUUCGCCGACUUAAGGUGUAGCCAAACGAGCAGACGGAAACCCAGUGAAGCUGAUGAUCUGAUACUGCAGGUUACAGUGACGGAUGUUCCUAAUUAUGUAAAAUAAAUAAAUAAAGAUUAAUAUUUUUA